GCCAGAUCUUAGAGAAGACAAAACACGUGUGUGUGCGCAUUCUUUUUUGUGUCAAACGAGCGUGCGGCUAGAUCUUGAUUGUGGUCCGAAAAUAUAGAGAAUCAGAGAAAAUAACAUGACAGAAGAAUUGAAAUUGUGCCAUGGAGUCGUCCUGCAGCAUUUGCUGUCCGUGGACAAGAACCUGGCGAAGGUCUAUCAGCAGAAGACGAAAGCGCCGACUCUAGGCAAGAACGCACCGGUGGUAACCGAACUUAUCAAGUUCUUCCAGAAAAACAGUCCCGUGAAAUUCCCGGCUAUUAAGGCGGCGGCUGGCAGCAGCGAUGACAGCGAUUCAGACUCCGAUGCAGCGCCAGCACCUGCCAAGAAGCCGGUGACAAAUGGUAAGGCCGCCAAGGCGGCUUCCUCUAGCAGCGAGGACAGCGACUCCGAAGAGGAACAGAAGAAGCCAGUGGCCAAGGCCUCCCCAGCUAAAGCAGCGCCCGCCAAGAAGGCCGACUCCUCGAGCGAGGACAGCUCCUCGGAGGAUGAGGCACCAAAGAAGGCAGCACCAGCCAAGGCUACACCUACCAAGAAGGCCGCCGCAUCUUCCAGCGAAGAUAGCGACAGUUCCGAGGAAGAAAAGAAACCCGCGGCAAAGGCGACCCCGGCAAAGGCUGCUCCAGCCAAGAAGGCAGAGUCUAGCAGCGAAGACAGCAGCUCAGAGGAAGACACAAAACCAGCCGCCAAGAAGGCUCCGGCCAAGGCAGCGCCGGCCAAAAAAGCAGAAUCCUCUAGCGAAGAGAGUGAUUCCGAUGAGGAGCCAGCCGCCAAACAGGCGGCGCCUGCUAAGCCUGCCGCUAAACCGGCGGCCCCUUCCAGCAGCGAAGACAGCGACUCUGAGGAUGAGAAGCCUGCAGCAAAGACCCCAGCCAAGCCGGCUCCGGCCAAGAAGGCAGCUUCUUCCAGUGAGGACAGCUCUUCCGAAGACGAGGCACCCAAGAAGGCGGCUGCACCAGCCAAGGCCAGUGCAGCAAAGGCUGCUCCAGCCAAGAAGGCCGAUACAUCCAGCGAAGAGAGCGACUCGGAUAAGGAGGAAGCUCCCAAGAAGCCGGCUGCCAAGGCUGCACCUGCUAAGAAGGCCGAGUCCGAGGACUCUUCCGACGAUAGUGACAGUUCCGAAGAUGAGAAACCUAAGGCCAAGGCUCCGGCUAAGGCUGCCGCCUCGAGCAGCGAGGACUCUAGUGAUGAUGACGCGCCAGCUGCUGUAAAGCCAGCUGUUAAGAAGACCGCGGCACCCACCAAAAAGGAUGAUAGCUCCUCGGAAGAUGACUCCUCGGAGGAUGAGGCGCCAGCGGCCAAGAAGCCAGUGCCAGCUAAAAAGAAGGCAGAGAGCAGCAGUGAGGACAGCGACUCUGAAGAGCCCGGCGAGGCCAAACCCCAGCCAGCGGCCAAUGGCGGACAAAAGCGCAAGUUCAGUGGCGGCGAUGCGGAUGAGGCCACUCCCAAUAAGAAGUAUAACAACUUUGUGAAGUCAGGAGAGCAACAGAAUAAUGGCUUCACAUCGACGCCCAACAAUAGCCACAAUAACAGCAGGAACAACAAACAGUUGAACAGUGGGGGAGGAAGUGGCCGGAGACGGUCUCCCUUCCGACGGGUUCGCACCGAGGAGGUCUUGGUAGAUUCACGUGUCCAGGACAUGUCCUUUGAGGCCAAGGAUGGCGGCUUCAAGAAGCACAACAACGGACGUGGAGGUCGUGGAGGCUCCGGUUUCGGAGGUCGUCCAGAUCGCAGCACCUGGGAGACCAACAAACAGAACGGCGGCGAGGAUGGCGGUGAUGGUGGCUUCAAGAAGAUGGGCGAUCGCCGGUCCUUCGGUGGCUUUGACAACAAAGGACGUGGUGGACGCGGAGGUGGUGGUCGUGGAGGCGGCGGCGGCUUCGGUGGACGUGGAGGCGGCGGUGGUUUCGGUGGACGCGGAGGUGGCGGCCGUGGAGGCGGCGGCGGCUUCGGUGGCGGCCGAGGAGGCGGUGGCGGUUUCGGAGGACGGGGCGGCGGUGGCCGUGGAGGUGGACGUGGCGGUGGUUUUGGCAAUAAAUCAUUCGAUUCGUCAUCGCCAAAGCCGAAUAAGAAAAUCACCUUCGACAAUUAGAGUUUAGUUUAGUUAGCGCCACACAAACACACACGCAUAAGCACACGCCACCCCUAGAUGCAGUUAUGUUAUGGAAUUAACUUGUUUAUAUUAUUUGUAAACCACGAUAGAAAAACGCCGCCGGCUCCUGGGGCGAACGAGCCAACAAGGACCUAAAGCACACGCGCGGCAAAUC